CAUUCCUGUCAUUCCUUACGGAUCCAAUCCCUUAUCGCGUUAAUUCAACUUUUCUUAUAUAUACCCCACAAGUUGUAACGCGACCAAGAAAUCUCUCCCUCAAGCUCCUCAAGGAAACACAGAUCCUCAGCUUUAGGAUUUACACACAGUUCAAGAUGUCAGGUCGUGGAAAGGGAGGCAAGGGUCUAGGCAAAGGAGGAGCUAAGAGACACCGCAAGGUCCUCCGUGAUAACAUCCAGGGCAUCACAAAACCUGCGAUUCGUCGUCUGGCUCGCAGAGGAGGAGUCAAGAGGAUCAGCGGUCUGAUAUACGAGGAAACCCGAGGCGUUCUGAAGAUAUUCCUGGAGAAUGUGAUCCGCGAUGCUGUUACCUAUACUGAGCACGCCAGGAGGAAAACGGUGACAGCCAUGGAUGUGGUGUAUGCCUUGAAGCGCCAAGGAAGGACUCUGUAUGGCUUCGGAGGUUAGGGCCUUGUUUUUUGGGGAAAAAAAAUGCUACUGUCAAGAUAUCAAAUCAGUGUUGCGUUUCGUGUUGUGGUUAGGAUGAUAUGGAAUCCCUUAUUAGUUGUUUAGGGGAUUUGUUAUGUUUCUGCAGUUGUUUCACGCUGUAAAUUGUCAGUUGAAUUGCAAUGCAAAUGGAAGUUUUAUCAUUAA